AUGCGUCUUCAUAAAAUUCAUCGAUUCGCGUUUUUCGUUUCUUCAGCGCUCGUGUUGUUCCUGGUUGGAUUACCUUCUCUCGGAGUUGGGAUUUUAUUUUCUGUUCAAUCGGAGUUGGAAGGGUUUUAUACAAUUACAAAUUCCUAUUCUUCUGUUUGGAUUUUAGUGAUUUGUUUUAUUUAUUGCGUGCUGGUGUUAUUGGAUGGGUUCUCUGAUGUAUUGAUAAAAUCAUGCUUGGACAGUAGGAAUAUGCAAAAGCAAUUUCCUUCGCUAACUUGUUUUUUAAUAUUGAGAUGUCUCUUAUCCUCAUUGAUGAUAAUUAUUGGAUUUAUAGCAUUUAUUACUUAUGCUUGCGUUGCGGAGGUUGAAUACGUGGCAGGUAUUUGCUCUUUAGGAUUGAUUGCGCUUGGGUUUUUAAGUCUUGUGAUGAAUGUUUUCAAAUACAAAUGGGUCAAACUGAGAGGUACCUCUGAAAUAUUUCAUUAUGAUAAAUUAUUAAGACCUCGAUCUUCACGAUCGGAAGAAGAUGAUGGAUUUUUAGAUUAUAGAACAAAUGCUAGGUAUUAUCGACAUGAAUAUGAAAAUAGUACUUAUUACGAUGAAGAAUUGAGAGAUCAUGCAAAUGUUGGAUUAAUGAGACGACACUCAAAAUCAUCUCUCAAUAAUGAAUCUAAUUCUAUGGUUGAAAAGAUUAAGGAAAGUUUGAAAGCAACAAAAUAUUGCAUAUUCAACACGAUAUGCAAAUCAAUAUUUUGCGUGUUACUAUUCGUACUUCCAUUCGCACUUUCUGUAGCAUUCCUUUAUCAAUCUUUUGGUUAUGCAGUGGAUGAAGUCAUGCCUGCAGGAAAACUUGUCACAAUUACAAAUCCUAAGGAUGGUAGUUCAUACAGAAUUCAUAUGGACUGCAAAGGCACUCCAACCAAUAAUUAUCCAACAAUCGUAGUGGAUUCCGGCCUUGGAGUUUCUUCGUCAUCCAUUUAUUGGUCUACGAUUCAAAACGAAAUUUCCAAGUACACGAAAUUUUGUGUUUAUGAUAGAGCUGGUUACUCAUUUAGUGAUUCCGGAUAUUCUCCUCGAACGUCACAACAAAUUGUGAACGAAUUGGACCAUCUCUUAACAACAAACAAUAUAACUGAGAAACUACUUUUAAUUGGACACUCCUUUGGAGGAAUGAACAUGCGUCUCUUUACUUCCAUUUUUCCAGAAAAGGUUUCUGGCCUCAUUCUCAUUGAUCCAUCUCAUGAAAAUCAAACCAUUGCCUUUCGAUUGGCACAAGACAAGAGCAUCGACCCUCAGACAAUAGCCAAUGAUUUAGCAAAAGAGAAUUUUUAUUUAAAUACUGGAAGAAUUUUAGCUCCGUUAGGAUCGCUCCGUUUGACAGCAUUGAUUCAGCCUGAUCGAGUUCUAAAUCCCUUUAAUAAGGAAAAUCUUACUGCCAAUGACUGGAAAAUACUUCGAUUUUCAACACUUUCCAAUAAGUACUCGAAUGUGAUUUAUUCGGAAGGUUCUCACUUUGCUACAACCUCCGCACAACAAGUUCUCGCAAACAAGAAGAGCUUUGGAAACUUGCCCCUCAUGAUUUUAACAGCAGGUGCCAGCAUUAAUGGCACGUGCGCCCAAAAUCACUUUUCAGAUGACUCCCAAGAAUGCAAGGAUCAUUUGAAAUACAUGGCGAGUAAUGCACAAGUGAUUGAAGAGUUGGCCAAAGACGUUCUAAAAUUGUCAUCUCAAUCCGAAUGGAAAAUAAUUUGGAAUGCAUCUCAUAAUAUUGCGAUCGAUAAUCCCGAAGCAGUCAUUGAAAAUAUUAAGGGAAUGCUUGAUAAAUCGAAAAUCCAAUAA